GUCAGUGUCGAACUGAAGCCUCUCAUGUCCAACUUGGUACUUGGUCCUUUGCAGCUCGACACGAUCACUCGAAGCCCAAGAUGGGGCGCUUCUUUCCCUUGUACAUUGCACGGUCCGAUGGUAUGCUGGAGACAGCUACCAAGCACGGUGCCAGGAUUGCAAAAGAGGCCAACAAACCCACGCCCAAGCAGUUGGACGACAAGCCAAAGUCCGAUGGCGUCAAGGACUACUACCGCGAGGUCGCCAUCGACGAGUCGAAGCAUAUGGACUGGAGGAGGAAGCUUGCUGCCAUGCUCGCACGCGAUCUGAAUCUCGAUCUAGAGAAGGGAUAUAUCCUGGCCCACUUCCCCGAAAACUAUCGCCUGUUCGAGCACGUCAAGACGGCAAAGAAAGGAGAGGGAGAAGCAAAGACAAAGACGCACGCUGGUGGAGGCAACGAACGUCAGGAUGCCUACCUGUACGGUCAUCCUCUCGGUCGCAAGAAGCGCUUCAGGAGUCCUGGCGACUUCUACCCACAUCUGCUAUGGCUGGCUACUGACCCGGAAGGCGACUCGGACAACUGUGGUUGCAAGAUCUGCUGUCCCGAAGAGAUGGACGCUUCCCUGAGAGACCAGACGGUGCAGCCAGUCAUUGCUCGUCGUCCCAGCACACAAACACGACCUUCAAACACUCCGACACCGGGUCCGCAGACUGCCGCCUCCGCCGUUCCUCCUUCUCGUAUCGCUGCUACCCCCGUACAACGGCAACCUCCGCCUACCGCCGCUACACAGCCCGCUCCCCGUCCCGUGGCCAAGCCCAUGGACUAUGAAAUCGAUCGCCAAUACGCUCUCUUCCUGUUCCGUCAAGGAGAAAUGGUCUGGUUUGACAAGAGCGGCGCAUGGGGCUUGGGUGUCAUUACCGAAAGAUCAAAGGUCGGCCACGACUCAAACUACAGGGUGCAGCCUCUCUCAUAUCCCGAGCACUACACCCAGUCCGUGAACAUCACCAGAGACGUCGACCUCCGCCCAUGGCUAGCGUGGAGUGUACCCCCGUAUACACACGAUGCUCUGAACAAGAUCAAUCACUCUCUGCACUACACCACCUUCGACUUCAAAGCCCUGGCUACCGGCAAGUUUGGCGAUGGUACUGUCGAGAUUGAUGCUAGUAUCAUGGCUGCAAAGGCCAUUGACGCCACCUACACCCCUUUCAACCCCGAAUCCCGCUCAGAAACACAAUCGUACAUUGAAGUACGAUGGAGUGGCAUAUACUUGGGAGCUGAGAAAAUCUGGUUGAACGAACCUGUUCGUCUAAUGCUUCCCAUGGGACAAGCGGCAACCAGAGUCCUGGUCGUACGGGCAAUCGUCGAACGCACUCAAAAAUCCGCACGACAAACAUAUUCCACAAUCUCCUUUAUUGGAGACGUCUAUAUCAUGCUACCUGUAGAGUCUGUAACCAUGGACCGCGCUCCCAACGGCCUAGUCGCAGGUUCCGACACCGUAAACGUACCCCUCCGCAUGCUCGAAGACAUUCGUCGAAGAAACAUCUACACCAUCCAAGCCAAAGGCACCGCAUUCCACUGGAAGCUCCUCGAACGCAAUAAAGCAGUGGAUAUGAAAGAUGUAAGGGGUAGAUGGUAUGAAUCCACCCUCUUCCUGCCUAUCCUUUUGCCAAAGCAAGCAGAAGACUACGAAAGACAAGCACGUCAAGGCGUCAUUACAGAAGUUUUAGGCAUGAUGAAUGGACAUGGCGAUUGCAACAAUGACAAAGAAGGUAGACGUCUCAUCCCAGACGCACGGGCUUCUCAUCGUGAACAAGCGUUUGGAAAAGCUGUGCCAGAGCGCAUUGUAGUGGUGGAAGGUGUCAAGGCUGCUGCUCCUGCGCUUGCACCACAACAAGCAAGAGGGCAAGUGACAUCGAACUAUCAGGGUAGCAAUGGUCAUGUUGGUCUUGAUGUUGCGGGUGCGAGUAACGGUGCAGGAGCUUCUGUUCCAGCUACGAAUCAUACUCAACCACAACAACAGCAACAACAGCAACAACAACAACAGCAGCAGCAGCAGAUGACGGGAGAUCAAACAACUGGCUUUGAAGAAUUCAUGGAUCUUGAUGGUCUUGGUGGAGAUGUCAUGGGUGCAUUUGAUCAAACUUAUUGAUUCCCAUUUUCUGUCCUUCCUUCCUCUUCUGCUUUCUCUCCUGUCAUGGAUCAUGGAUCAUGGCGUUCUGGUUGGGGUUGAUGCAAAAGAGCUUCAAUGUUGCUUGUGGGGUGUUUUUGGUGUUUUCAUUUCUAACUGUUUCGGGACGGGGUUUUUUUUUCUCUUCUUCUUGCUUUUGCUCUGAAAGAGUGGCCUUUUCUGCAUUGAUGUGCAUUGUUAAGGUGUUGUGGUGUAGUGGUAUGGUACUCUGUAGUUCUGGCUGUUUGCUUCGUUCUUUACUAUUGAGAGAUUGGUUGCUUUAUGAGUUUUGCUUUUUGAACGCUUUUUUUUUUUUCUUACAAUGGUUUUACAUGGCCAUUUUUUCAUACUUGAGUUUAGUGACUGAUGAUCAAAG